CCACAAAUAGCAAUUGAUAAAAUCGAUAAAUUCAACCUUAAAAUGCCUCAAUUCUCCGUCACUUUUUGAAACCGACACUAAACACCACAACCUAAUCCUUAUAUUCUCUUGUUUACUUUGUUUCUCACGUGUGGGUCCCUCACCCACUCUCUUUACUUCUUCUUCUCCCCAAACCAAACGGCUAUUUAUUCUCUAUUCACCUUCCAUUUUUGCUCACAACUCCAUCUCACUAUCUCACAUUCUUCCCUAACAAUGGCUCCCACUAAAAUUUCCCUUGCUUUUUUAUUCUUAAUCAUAAUGCAAGCCACAGCUCAAUCUCCGGCGGCUUCCCCUACUAAAUCACCGGCUCCAGCCGCCGAUACCCCAGCUGCACCUACACCCGAAGCUCCAGCUCCCUCCAAGCCGAAAGCACCGGCUCCUGAAAAGGCUCCAGCUGUAGCUCCAGUACUCUCGGCUCCUCCCGCUGAGACUCCCUCUGAAGCUCCAGCUCCAGCUGCUAAACCCCCUGCUAAGGCUCCAGCUAAAGCACCGGCUAAAGCUUCAGCUAAAGCACCGGCUAAAGCUCCAGCUAAAGCACCGGCUAAAGCUCCAGUUGAAGCUCCAGAAGCCACACCUACAUCUCCCCCAUCACCACCCCCGGAAACUCCUACUCCGACUCCAACUCCAGAAGCGGCUCCACCAGUUGUAGCUGAGGUACCGGCGCCGGCUCCAGCUGAAAAGCAUGCGCCACCACCACAUCACUGCAAGUUUAAGAAUAAGAAGCAUUGUAAAAAGCAUCAUGCUCCGGCUCCAGCUCCAGAAUUAGCCAGCCCACCUGCGCCGCCAGCUGAUGCUCCUGGACCUGGUAGUGUCUUUGAUGAUUACGCUCCUGGCCCCUCUGAAGAUGAUUCUAGUGGGGAGAAGAUCACAUGGGCAACAAAAAUGGUGGUCGGCUUAGCAAUCGGAUGCGCUGCUCUGCUUCAUGUCUGAAGUUUCUAGAUUAAUUAAUACUCAGGAGCUUCCUUUUUAAUUAAUUUAAUUUAAUUAAUGAAUUUUUUAUUCAUUUUUCUGGCUCGAUCUUGUCGAACACAUACAUUAUAAUUAUACAAGUUGAUCGCGCUAUACAUUGAUUGUACUAUCAUUUGUUUAUUCGUGAUGAGUUUAUAUUAUAAUACUACUACACUUUUUUAUUCUUAUUA